AUGCCUGGCAAGCACAUUGACGACAAGCUUCUUCUGGCAGGAUUGGAGACGAAUUGGGACUCUUCCGACCGCUUGGCCGUGCCGAGUCUGAGCAUUCCCAAAGUCGGCAUGUACGAUCGACCACCGCUCAGUCCAUGCCCUUCAUAUACCUCGCGAGCAAGUCCCACGAUGAGCUCAUCCUCCACGACCGAAUGGAAGUAUAACAAGCCGCUUCCCCCGCUCGCGACCUCAGACACCUCGACCUAUGACUCCAGGCUCCAUGCCAUCGCGAUCGACAACGCCACAGCCACCAAUGGCACCUCGACCUCUUACUCCUCGAUCAGUGACCCCUCAGGCCCUGAACCGACGCCCCAUGACCCCUCAGCCGUCACUGGCCAGGCCGAUGACCCCGCAACCCUUGAACAUGCGACCUAUGGCUCCCCAGCCACUGAACACUCGGCCCAUGACCCCUCAGCUUUCGACGGGUCGACCAAUGACCCCCCAGCCGUUGACUCCUCGGUUGACGCCCCACCAUCAACGGGCCUUUUCCCUCCAUACCAAUCUGAGAAGGGCCUCUUUCCUCCGUACAACCCAAAUACUAGCGCACCAGAUCAAAAUCGGUCUGACGGGCCCUCAAAGCAACCAUCGAAGAAGUCAUCGGAGCAAAGGCUAUCCGCUAAAGACGACGGUGAGGAGAAGCCUAUAUGGCGAACGCUCAAAGCGGGAGUGCGACGCGUCCUCACCACUAAAGCUUCAUCUUCGAAUUUGAAGAAACCCAAGUCUCAGAAUGAUCGGCGAGCAUCCAUCAUCGUUCGUAUGUCCACGAAUCCGCAACAGUCACAAGAGUCUGGAGAUCAGCAACAUGAUUGGAUGCAAAAUGUCGAGAAACAGGACGAAGAGCGAUAUCAAGAUGCGGUCAGCCGCAUGAAGAAUGUGCUUGCCAGCUUAUUAGAGGAUGGCUAUUCAAUGGACGCGAUUCUUCAAGCCGAAGCGAACCAAAAGUUUCUCCGGUCCCUCUUCUUGAGAGUCCAAAAUGACCCUCUUCUCGGCUUGGACGUUGCUCCACCAGCACCACCAAGUCGCUCUCUCCCCCCACCUCCUCACCUGAAUACCCAUACUUACUCCCAUUCUGUUCCCCCUCCGUCGCCAGCGCCUACCAGUCCUCUACCUCCAUUACCUUUCUCUCAGACUCAUCCUCCCCCUACCCCUGCUUCUCCCGCUCCUACCUCCAAGACCCGCAAGACCGGCGCCGAGGACGAAGACGCUUGGGAAUAUGUUGGCUACGAAGACGACGCGACGAUGCAGGACGACAGUCCAUCAAUACACGUCUUCAACCUCGGCGACAAUGAAUCGGACACCUCCAGCAUCUACCCACGCUACACAAAAAUGAUGGCAGAGAUUGAGGACGACCUAAGCAAAGCAUUCCCGCCCACGCGCUGGAGUCUGACCAAACCCGGCCUAGAAGACAUGACCCUCCAAAUCCUCCUCCAAAUCGACGAUCUGGACGACCUCUUCGCCUUCGCCCAGGUCAACCGCGCCACAUACCAAGUCUUCAAGCGCCACGAACUGCCCCUGAUGCAGAACACCAUCCGCCUCAAAUCACCCGCCGCCUGGGAACACCGCCAGAUGAGCGACAUCAACUCGCAGGAAUCCUCGUCGGAGGAAGAACCCUUCACGGCCGAGAUCUACUACCGCCACUACACCCGCGACCAUCGCACGCACGCCACGCUGAAGGGCCUGAUGAUGACCCACUGCCGGGCCGUGAUGCGCUCGGCCUCGUACACGGCGCUCUCGCGGCCGGCCAGCCCCGCGGCCCGCAAGAUUGACAACGCGAUCUGGCGCGUCUGGACCUUCUGCCACCUCUUCGGCAUGCAGACGGGCCGCGACCACGACAUCGACGGCCAAGUCAGCUGGCUGCGCGGCGAGGUGCGCUCCCCGUUCCAGCCCUGCCCGGACCCCAACGACGUCUGCAGCAUCCUGUUCGACCCGCCUCCGGGCUUCGGCGAGGGCAACAGCCCCGGCGGCCUCUCCGUGACCGAUAUGCAAGACAUGGACGAGGUCUGGACCUGUCUCAAAUACAUGUUCGGCUUCCUGCGCGGCGAGACCGAGCGCGCCCGUCGCUUCGGCGUCUUCGCCAAUGCCACUGCUAAUAGCGGUGACGGCGACGACGACGACGACGGCAGCGCCUCGUCUGCUCCUCCCCCCGACACCGACAAAAGGAAUCAGGGCAUGAUCAUGCUGCACGAGUGGAUCUACUACCUUAUGACCCUAGGGCCCGAGGCGGUCGUCGAGCUCGCCCCCCUGGGCCCGGAUACCCAUGCCGAGACGACGUUCCAGCGCGCCAUGUCGCGCGGGUGGACGACGUGGUCGGCGCCCCGGCCCGGCGCCACGCGCAGUGCUUUCUUGACUGAUGCGUUGGGCCGGGUGUCUGGUGGAUUGCGGCGGUUGGAGGAGUUGCAAAGGGAACUGUGGUAUAAUUAUUUGUGA